UGUGAGGUGUAUUCAGCAAUCAUGCCGAACAUUUUCCGCAGUUUUUUAUCAGAUCGAUAUAGUGGGAAACAGGAACGCUUCUACAAACGCUAUGACGCUAUUUUUCAAGCCAUGCCCAAUAUGCCACCGAUGCCCAGGCCAAAAACCAAUAAUGUUAUAAGGACAAGCACAAGAGUCGACCCUAAAAGCAAUGCAAACUUUACCUAUCAUUAUGGCAACAGGGAACCCACUACCGAUUGGCGUCAGAGCAAUGAUAUACCAAUUGUGGUCCGAAGAGAAAUGGAGGAGCGACUGGGCAUCCAACUUAUGCCUCUACAACCAAUUUCAGAAAGCAACUUGAUCAGUCAGACCAUCUGGGAACUGAAAAUGCCUGGUCAAUGUCUAGAGGUAAUCCCCAACACCCAAAGCGGUGCUAGAGUUGGCAUUAUUACGGUUUUGGUCCAACCUGCAAAGAGUAAUCGUGGCAGGGGAAAUGCGACUAGGUCGAAAUUAAUUGGUAGACCACCAAAUUUAGCCAAAGUGCCUGAGCCACCAAAUAUUGUGGUGGAACAAGCACCACCGCAGCCCAAAAAACAGGCGGAAAAGAGACGUUUUAAGCGACAGGGCGAGCAGUUUGAAUGCAGCAUAUGUGUCAGGAAAUUUGAUCACUCCUGGAUGCUGAUCGCCCACAUAAGAACUCACACCGGCGAAAGACCCUUCGUCUGUCCCGAAAAGAGUUGCAAGAAAUCCUUUGCCGAUCGCUCCAAUCUACGGUCGCAUCAGCGCACAAUGGGCCACCACGAGUGGCAAUAUCAGUGCGGACAGUGCAGCAAGUAUUUCAGCCAGAUGUGCUUCCUGAAUCGCCACUCGAUGGACGCCUGUCGCAAAUAUCUGAUGACCAUUAUGCAUAGAAAGUUCUAG